ACCAUAAAUAGUGCCAAUAUUCGGCUUAAGUAAUUCAGAUUUGACAGGUGACACCUCAGCAAGAAAUCGGUAAUUUUGUUGAGUUUAAGGAAACAUGGCUAGUCCAAGAACUCGUCGUGUGCUGAAAGAUUUGAAAAUCAAAGAUGGCAACGGUAACUGUUUUGAAUGUGGUGGACACAAUCCUCAAUGGGUCAGUGUUACAUACGGUGUAUGGAUUUGCCUCGAAUGCUCAGGAAAGCAUAGAGGACUAGGUGUUCAUCUCAGUUUUGUGCGAUCUGUGAGUAUGGACAAAUGGAAGGACAUAGAGCUAGAGAAGAUGAAGGCUGGGGGUAACAGAAAAGCUAAGGAGUUCUUUGAAUCUCAAUCAGACUAUAAACCAGGAAUGUCUCUACAAGAAAAGUAUAACUCCAGAGCUGCUGCUUUAUACAGGGACAAGAUUUCGACAUUAGCAGAAGGAAAACCAUGGAGUAUAGAUACAUCAUCAGCGCGUCAUCAUAAACCAUUUGUUGCAGCCUCCGCUGGCCUAAAACCUUCACAGAGUUAUCCAAGAAUGGGUCACCAGGACAGUAGUACUACUAGUAGUAACUCCAGCUUCACAAGUAGUGGCUACCAAGACUCUUUCUCAUCAGAGGACAUUAAGAAACAUAAAGAAGAUUUCUUUGGAAGAAGACAGAUGGAAAAUGCCACAAGACCAGAUCAUUUGCCACCAAGUCAAGGAGGAAAAUAUGCAGGGUUUGGAAACACGGUAGAAAAGAAAAAGGAAGAUGACUUCUUUGAAAACACUAUGUCCAGUUUAUCUAGUGGCUGGUCAACAUUUGCAUCUGGUGCAACAAAAUUUGCCUCUGUGGCCUCAGAAAAGGCAACAAAGGUAGCUCAUGCAGCCAAGGAGAAGACAAUAGAAAUAAGUGGUACUGUCAAUGACUCAGUCAUCAAACCCACAAAAGAUAAGGUUAAAGAAGGAACAUUGUUGAAUGACGUUGGUGAAUCCAUGAGUGGUUUUGCUUCAAAGCUCUCCAGUGUGGGGGCGAAAGGUUGGGGUAACCUCCAGAGUUUAUGGGGUGAACCAAAGACGACAUUGAGUUCAGUGGAUACAAGCCCUGGCGAGAAAUCUUCACUGUUAGGAGGUGGUACUCCUACACAUCAAAGUGAUCAAAGUCAGAAUAAACUGUUGAAGGACGAGGAUGACUGGGGCGGCUGGUCCGAUGAUAAAAAUUCCGGAUGGAAUAACGCUGAAGAAAACGGUGAUGAUCAGGCACUUGAGGAUUGGCUAAAUGAUGAUGAUGAUAGUGGAUCAAGGUCUUCCAAACAUAAACAAUCUAAAAAUAGUAACAAUGAAGAUAAUUGGGACGAUUGGGGUCAGAUUGAUGGGAAAGACAAAAAAUCGUUAAAAUCUAGUCAAAAUAUGAAAAAGAAGGAAAGUUUAAAAACAAAAUCAAGUGAUUCAGAUGGUUGGAAUGUAGAGGACUGGGGCAUUGAUACAUCUUCCAAUAAACAUUCCUCCAAGAAGCCAAAGGAUCCAUUAGUUGGCAAUCUGUUGGACUUGGAUAUAAAUGACAGUAGCAAUAUAGAAACAGGGGCAAAUAACUCUGGUUGGGACAAUGAUGUAUGGGCGGACGGUGAUGAUGAUGACUGGCAGACUUUAGAGCUGGAUAGUAAAACUAAAUGAAUCUAAUGUUGUCUGUUCCUAUGGUAAUUUAUGUUAGUGAAAUAAAAAUUCCGUUAAUAAGCAAUUCAAUAUUUGUAAAAAUGCUAAAGAAAAUCGUUUAUAGUUUCAGUUUUUGUGUUCAUUAUAUAGUGAGAUCUUAGAAAGAGAGAAAAGAUGAAAAGAAUGAUUAAUUCACUAUGAUAACAACCCUGUUAUAGUUUUUAUUGAAAGCAUAUGCUGAUUGUAUAUUAUGUGAAAUUAGAAUUUGUAAAAAAAAAUAAUUUAAAAUUAAAGUCUGCUGGACAAAGUUUUUGAAUAAAAAUUCCAAGUUGAAUGGUAGAUUCCUCAACUUUUAAAUUGAUCAAAUUCUUCUGUAGUUUAUAGAUAAAUCAUUUGCAUCUUUAAGAAAAUUCUUUUAUGAAGAAAGUUUUAGAAAUAUACCAGGAUCAGUAAGUUUGUAACUUGAUCACUUUUAUUAUGUUUUAUCAGUGUUUGCUGGUUAAAUUCCCUUUUAAUGUGCAAAAAGAAUUGUUUUAGAAUUAAUUGUUGAUACUUAGACAUAUACUUCAGUGAAGUCUAGAUCAAAUUAUAGACAAACAAAUUUAAGGCCAGUAUGAUUUAAUUUUUGGAAGAGCAUCUGCCGUAGACCUUAUUUUUAUUGUCAUGCAAUGUAAUUUGUUAUUAAAACAUAAUAUAUUUGUAUGUUCCUGUGCAAUUUUCAACCUGAAAUUUUUCUGUAAAAAGUGAAAAAGAUGUGCAUAUUUGCUCACCAUACAUUUACACAUCCUUCAGUCUUGGGCGAUAAAAAAUUGGUUAAUUUGUACUGGCCUAAGAUUUAGUUUCCAUGUAAAAUCUUGCAUGAAAAUACAUUUGUUGUACAUUUGUUCUAACAUCUAGUAUUAUUUAUUUUGUUUUAUUUAAGAAAAAAAAAAGGUUGUUGUAAUUGCUAGAAACAAGAUAAGUCAGUCUGACUUCAGACACUGGAAAAUGAAAUCUGCAUGGAAUCUACUCAAAAAUUUAUUUGCUUUGUAACUCUCUGAAGGACAAAAAGCUAGAACAUUGUUGAUAUAUCAAAGAAGAAAAUGCAGAAUUUUCUAGAAAGAAAUGUUUAAAAGAAAUUGUUAAUUUACAUGUGCAAGAUUACGUAGACUUUAUUGUUACCCAUCACAGGCUUUUCUUUUAUGCAUAAAUUUCCAUAAACAAAUUGUUUCCUUAAAUUUUACUGAAAUUCUUUUGAAAACACCAUAAAUCAAAGAGAAUUCUUAAAACUACACUGCUUAAUUACCAUAUUUUUGUCUUUCAUCUUGUGAGGUUGGCCCUGAAAAGUUCACUUUUAGUCCUGAAAUUAGCCAUUUUAUAUAAUGAUUAAUUGCUACUUAACGUGUCCCUUGUUGCAAAAGCACUGCUUCUGUUCCAUGCAUAUUGUAAAAGAAAUGAGUAGAUCUAUCAGGCAUAGUAUACACGUAUUACAAUUUAUAACAUAUGAUAUUUUAGUAUUUGAACAAUUUUGGACAUUUUACUGGAAACAUUGUAGCUGUAUUUUGUCUUUGUAAUAUUAUCAUUGAACACAAUCAUACUGUAGUGUCCUGGUAUUCCAAUGCUAAUUUUUUUAUCAGUUUCUCACUGUUCCAUAUUGUUGGUGAAUAAGGAGAGUUAUUAUUCAACUUUACAAUAUAUCAAAAGAUAUUACAUCAAUUGAGUAUGUCAUAUGAAAAGGGUAGAAUGAAUACAAAUUACAGCAGAGCCGAUACAAGAAGAUCAGGGCCAAUAUAAGAAAAUUAGGGCCAAUAUGGAAUUGAAGCAUUUAGACUGGUUUAAAAAAAGAAGGCCAGAUAUGGAGAAGUAGCUUUAACGAUGCCAUUUUGUAGACAGUGUAAUACAGGCAGUCUAUAGUCCUUACAGAUUUUAGAUGCACGCCUAAAAAUGUAAAAGUUAGUUUUAAUUGUUUUUGUUAAAAUUAUAAUAGUAUUUUUGUUUUAUCGUAAGAGUUGUUGUAAAGUUGAAUAGUAAAAUUUGUCAUUCAUCAAGUGACUGCAUGUUAGCUUUGUUACUUGUCCUUAAGCAGUCAUAUUGGCCUUUGACCUCGGGCCAAUAUGACCAACCUUAGACCAAUAACAAGGCCAAUUAGAUGAAAACACUUGGUUAGUAACAUUUUAUUACAGACCAUGUCCAAAACAUCCAUAGUACAGUAUUUUUAAGUGAAUUUUAAAAAUUGGUAUGUUUUCUCUGAUUGUAGGAAAACAGUUUUAGAUAUUUUGAAUUAAUAUUUGUUUUAGAUGAAAUAUCAGUAUGUAAGAUAUAUAAGAUCACCAAUGGUAUUAAAUGUAAUAUUUCA